AUGGGCAAGACCAUUCCCCGGUGCCUGGAGCAACUGGACCUCCGGAAAAGCUUUGUGGGCCUGGCUACAGGCGCCGGGGCCUUAUACCUGCUGUACAAGGCCAUCAGGGCUAGCAUAAAAUGUCAGCCACCACUCUGCUCCAACUCCCCGAUCUGCAUCGCCCGUGAGUGUCCAGUCCCUGGGGAGAGGGCUCUGCCCCAGGAGGCCCCUGCUCCUAAGGCCUCCCCUGGGGGGGACGGCCUGGCCAUCGAGAGAGAGCGCCACGGGCGGGACUCGGGUGAGAUUCGAAGACUUCUCAACUCUCUAGACUGUAAACAGGACGCGUAUACCAGAAGCAUGAUCCUUCACAGCAUCACCCGCUGCGUGUACUUGCUGGAGGCUGAGGCCUCUACGUGUACGAUGGACGACAUCAACCUGGUGGCUGAAAUGCUAGAUGACAAGGACAACAGUGUCAAAAUCCAAGCUCUGAGCGCACUUAAAGCUUUCUCUGGCAUCAGGAAAUUCAGACUCAAAAUCCAGGAACACUGCAUCAAGGUGCUGGAACUGAUUUCCACCAUCUGGGACAUGGAACUGCACGUAGCUGGCCUCCGACUGCUCAACAACCUCCCACUACCUGACUACGUCCACCCACAGCUGCGGCGGGUGAUGCCCGCCCUGAUGGAGAUCAUACAGUCAGACUGCAUCCUGGCACAGGUACAAGCUGUCCGCCUCCUGAGCUACCUGGCACAGAAGAACGACCUUCUCUAUGACAUUCUCAACUGUCAGGUGCAUUCCAACUUCCUGAACCUCUUCCAGUCUUCACAGCCGGGCAGUCUGCUGCUCGAGGUGCUGGUGUUUGCCGAGCACUUGAGUGAGGGGCGGAACGCCACCCACUACCGAGCGGUCAAAUGGCACUACAACGAGCAAUCCCUGCACGAAGCCCUCUUUGGGGAUGAGUCCAAACUGGCAGACCGACUGCUUUCCCUGGUCAUCCACCCCGAGGAGGAAGUGCAGAUCCAGGCCUGCAAAGUCAUAGUGAGCUUGCAAUGUCCCCAGGACCUGGGAUCCCGACCCUCUUCCUGCCGACCCAGCCAUUCCUACUUUAAAGCCGGGGAGUAA